CUCCUAGAUAUGCUCCAUCAUCUCCCGUACAAACCCGCACCCAGCCACGGCGCGGGAUGGGCCAUUGCAGUGCCAACUUGAGCUGUCUAUGACGCCCGAGGUUCAUAUGCAGUAAGUCAUGUCUUCUCUGGAAUACUCUGGCUGUGAUACAGAAUUGGCAGACCUGGGCAGCGAGAAUACCGACUAUCGUCAGCGACUCGGUGGUCCUGGCCCUUACUUGGAUGAAGAUUUUUUACCAGUUCCGAGCCGCGAGGAUGCUACACAUCAGGUCAAUAAGCACCCCAUUUCUCAGAGAUGGGGCGCUCUACUUCACAUUGUCGUCGCGAGAUCCCUGUGUCUCUCGCAGUUCAUAUAUGCCUUGACGUCGAUUCUGUUAUCGCGCUUCUUCUUGAACCUACGCUACUGGUUGGACGACAGCCAUCCGACAACGGGGAAGAUGUUGGACGACAUGUCGAGCUUGCGCUUUCAGGAAGCCACCAACCUCGAGAGCGAACUCGGGAGCCCUUUGAUGCGCGCCGACGGGGACUGCGAUGGAACAAACGACGCUAACACUCGCGUAGCCUGUGUUCAGGAUGACGGAUGGCUCGAUGAUGGGCAACGACCAGAAGGCGUCUGUAAUAUCUGGGAGACCUUUGACCACAUUCGAGCUGCGAGGAAGCUGUCCAUCAAGACGCCGCUUAGCACUCUGUUCCUUAGAGACGGAACACUCUAUUUCAUUGUGCUCAUCGUCCUCAAUAUCGGCCAGGUGGUCGUCGCGCCAUCACUAUGUGUCUCGCAGCUCAUAUACACUCUGUCGUCAAUCCUCAUGUCCCGCUUCUUUCUGAACCUGCGGCAGACUGGCGAACACCCAGCAACGGAGCGGACGGCGGACGGCCCGUCGACCAUAAGGUUCCUGGAGCUUGAUAGUUUCGAAGGCGAACUUGGCCAUCCCCAGUGAUCAUCGACGAAGAUGGAAUGCAGGUCAUGGUCAAGGUGGUACAAGGUAGAGCAACAGUGGAGUAUUAGAAGAUGUCCGGAUAUUCCGGAGGCGCGAGUCCUAGCUAAGCCAAAGCAAAACUCUGACGCUCGACGGGCCAGGUUCUUUACAGAGUGGCUUCUACUUUGGCUGAAAUAUCGUAGACAAGCCGCGGAACGCCAUGAACCUGAAUUGGUAUUGCACGGACAGAAUAAACGUAUCGUAUGGAAAUACACCUGGCUCUGCACUCCGGGGGGGGGGGGGGACGCCAUGCUGAACAAGCCGGCGCCCAUCGCCAACAGGAGCCAGUCAUUGAAUCGGAACUAUGUGAAGAUAAUCGUCUCAAAGGCGGCGGACAGGCGGACAAGCGCCAGAUUGAGCGGGAGCACGCUGUACACAAUGGGGCUAUACACCGGCGAGCCUUUGGGAUCUGCCGGAGGUGCCGACGAGGGAUUUAGGGAAGCCAGCGGCCAAGUUACCACUGACACCGCUGUCGGGCUUCUUCGAAGCGUGAGACCUAAACAAUAUACAAUCCUGU